AUGAGUAUUUACUUUGAUGGAUAAUCAGUAGGAAUUUAAAUCACACCUCUUCCAUAUAAUUAAUAUUAUACUAUAGGAGAUAUUUAUUAAUACUUACAACAAUGCCAAAUUGAUACAUCACAAUAUGGUUUAUCUUUUGAUGGAUAGACAAUUUUAAAUUAAUAAGACAAUACAUAAAUUGGAACGUUUUUGCAACAAAAUUAAAGAUUCAUGAUUAUUUAAUUACCAAAUCCACUAUUUAAUAUUUAUUUGGAUGGAACAUAGUAAAUAUUGUCAUAAUAAUUACCAAAUAUUCCAAUAACUGAUGUAAAUUAAUUAAAUAUAUAUUCAAUAGUUGUUGACCUAUUUAUAAUAAAAUGGUACUAAUUUUCCAUAAAAUAUUGCUAUCGACUGUUACGAUGUAAAUUCAUAGCUGAUAGCUUAAGAUGUUGAUAUUAAUUAAUUAUUGUAUACUUAUACAUAAGGAAAUUAAAUUUUGACGUUGAAUAUAAGAUAAAUUUAAUAAGAUUUUUAACCAAUAGGAUCAAGUAAUAAAGUUACAUCUUCAAAAACUAAGUACCAUAAUAUAUUUAUUUAUUAGUGUUGGAGCUUAAGAACUUCUGUAAUCAUUGAUUUUACUCAAGAAUUUGAGCUUAUUGAUUGAUCCAAAUGGUUAAUUUGUUGUUUAUAAAUUCCAUUUUCCAACUUUGAUAUAAGGAUAUUUGUAAAAAUCGAAAGGUAAGGAUCCAGAAAAUGUUCUCUAAUUUGAUUGGAGGAACUCAGAUUGGCAAGAAAAAAAUAAUAUUAAAUAUUGUUCAUUUGAUGAUUAUGGUUUUGCUGUUGCUUGGGAUGAUGGUAAAAUAAGUUCUGUGAAAAUUAGAUAAUAAUGA